UCUUUCAAACCCGCUGGGCGCUAACACACCAUGACCUCCUCCUUCAACUUCAUCGCCACCCCCAAUUUCGAUUACUUCGCUAGGGAAGCGUCACGGCUUAAGAAAGAAAUCAUCCGGAUCAUCCUGAGUGGCAAGACGGACUCUCUCAGACCCAAUUCCGGUUGGGCCGCGACCAUCGGCGAGCACAAAAUUUGCGUUUGGUUUUGCGAUCGAUCUGAGCCGGGUUUCCGGGUCUGGGACUGGCACGGCAGUAUCAUGUUGUUCGAUGACGUAGAUGGGUACACCUCUGAGCAUAUAUUGGGGAAAUACUAUGAGAGAUUAACUGCUGAGGCGAUGGCGAAGAAGAAACAGACUGAAGAGGAGGAAAAGGUGGCGGAGAAGUUUGGGAAUUUGGGAGUCAGGGAGUUGAUAGAGUCAGGGGAGGAGGAGACAAAUAAGAUGGUCUUAUUCUGAGGAGGAAGAACUUGAAUGCUGCCAAUCAGAGGUCUCUAUAACUCAUCCCUUAGCUUUCUGAGUUUUCAAUUACUGUAUUUGAUUGCAUUUUUUGGAAGAUCUGGUCUGUCAGGUUUAGUUUGAAAAGCUUUCUGAGGUUCAACUUUUUAUCUCAACUAGAGUAAUUAACUUCUCUUUAGGCUAAAGAUGGAAUCUAAAUUGACAUUUGGAGGUAUUUUUUUUUUUUUUUUAAGAUCUUACUUGCUAAUCUAUGUCUUAUCUGCA